AUGUCAGAAUUAUAUAAUCAACAAAUCAAAACUUUUGAAGAAAAAAUUGCAAAAAAUAAUUUUGAGAAUUUAAAAGAAAUAUAUUCUAUUCAAGAAAAACUUUUGGAAAAAAUUGAAGAAAAGAAUAAUGAAGGAGUAGAUAAUAAAAAAUUAAAAGAAAUUAAAGAAAAAAUUAAAUUAUUAAAUAAAGAAAGUGUUGAUAAAUUUAAUGAAAUUAAACAAGUUAUUUUAGAUCAGUCAGAAACUACUUUAAAUAAAUUUUCUGUCAAACAAAAAUUAAUUGAAGAAUUAAAAGAAAAAUUAGCUUCAAAUGAAAAUAAUGUAGAUUCUGUUCAAGAAUUAAUUGGGGAACAUUCUGAUAAAUUGAAGUUUUUACAAACACAAGUUGAUGUUCUCCAAAAUCAUCGAGAUUUGUUUGGGCGUGUAGAUGAAGUUGAACGUUCAGUUUUUGAUAUUAAUGAUAAACUUACCGAUUUGUCAAAUGAUUUAAUUCAAUUAAAAAAAGAGAAUUGGAAUCGAAUGAGUUAUAUUAAUUUUGGGAAUAGAUGGGGAUAUGUAGCAGAUACAUUUGCAGCUACACAAAAAGUACCUAUAAAUAAUAAUUUAUUUACAAAUGAAUUGGGUACUGUUAAAAUUAGUGGAGAUCAACAUGUUGAAUAUAUUCCAUCAGAAAAAGCAAAAAGUAUAAAUAACAUGAUUAGAGUUUAUGGCCAAUUUAAAUUUAAUAAAGAAGCAGCAGAACCAACAUGCAAUUCUCUCUUUUAUUUUGAAGUUAAAUUUAAUAUUGUUAAAAAACAAUCAGAGAAAGUAGAUAUGGCAUCAAUUGGAGUAGAUAGUAUAAACGGAAUUGUUACUUUUGUUUCUUCAAUGAUGCCUGAUAAUUGUCCAAAAUGUGUUUAUAUUUGUUGUUCUAAAUAUGGAAAAAUUCGUUUUCCUGAAGAAACUUGGAAGGAUGGGGAUGUUUGUGGAUGUGGGGUUGUCCUUCCCCCUAAGAGUUUUUCUGAUAAAAAACCUUAUAUUUUCUUUACAAAAAAUGGAAAAUUAUUUGGGAAAGCUGUUGCUUUAGAAAAUAUAGCAGAUUUAUUCCGUCCAUUUAUUGGUGUACAUUCAUGUACUGUUGAUGGUAAUUUUGGGGAAGAUUUGGAGAAAAAGCCUUUUUUGUAUGAUACUACUAAACAUGUUACUCCGACAAUUUUUAAAGUAAAAGAAUUUGAUUUGGUUGCUAAAUAUGCAUAA